AUGACACGAACAAGCACGACUAUCGACUCUGGCUGGCAAUUCUCGCAGGUCUCGUCCAAGACUUGGCCCGACGUCGAGGAGAACGUCUCGGUCGCAUCCCCGACCCGUACAAGGACCUCAACGAGUGGGAGUGCCAAUGAGGCCGACUGGGUGUUCCGCACGACGUUCCUCGCCUCGCCCGAGCAGUUCUCUGCGCCGAACGCCGAUUUGCUCUUUGAAGGUCUCGACACGUACUGCACCGUGACGCUGAACGGGGAAGAGAUUGCGACGACGUCCAACAUGUUCCUCUCGCACCGCGUCAGCGUGACCGGCAAGCUGAAGGAGAAGAACACGCUCGAGCUGCGCUUCGACGCGCCCCUGCUCGCAGCUAAAAAAGAGGAGGCGGAGAAUGGCGGCCCGAAACCGCUGUGGAACGGCGACAGCUCCCGCCUCUACUCGCGCAAGGCGCAGUAUGGCUGGGGCUGGGACUGGGGACCGAUCAUCAUGACGGUCGGUCCCUGGCGGCCGGUCAAGCUCGAGACGUACGUGUGCCGGAUCAACGACCUGCGCGUGGAUUCCAACCUCAAGGGCAGCAAGUGGGACGAGGGCUCGCUCGAGGUGUCCAACCUCGACAUCUCGCCCAAGGCGCCCAAGGACGCCAAGGUCGCCUACACGCUUACGGACCCCGAGGGCAAGGUUGUCAAGCAGGCUAUGAACGACGUCGAGGAGCUGCCCAACUGGGAGAUCGAGGGCGCGCGGGGCUGGUGGCCCGUCGGCUACGGCAAGCCAGACAUGUACACGCUUGAAGUGGCCGUGCUCGACGCAAGCGGCACCGAGCUGGCAGCCACCUCCCAGAGGGUUGGCUUCCGGCACGUCGAGGUUGUCCAGGAGGCGCUGGCCGAGGCGGACGGAGGCGGCUCAUCGUUCCUCUUCGAGGUGAACGGUGUGCGCGUCUUUUGCGGCGGCUCCAACUGGAUCCCCGCCGACAACUACCUCACCGAAAUUGAGCCGGACCGGUACAAGCGCUGGGUCGACCUGCUCGUCAAGGGCAACCAGAACAUGCUCCGAGUCUGGGGCGGCGGCAUUUACGAGGCCGACGAGCUGUACGCCGCGUGCGACGAGGCGGGCGUCCUCGUCUGGCAGGACUUUAUGUUCGGCUGCGGCCUGUACCCCUCCUACAAGCGGCUGAACGACAGCAUACAGGCCGAGGCCGAGCAGGCGGUGCAGCGCCUGCGCGCGCACCCCUCCGUCGUCAUCUUUGCGGGCAACAAUGAGGACUACCAGAUUGCCGAGGAGCAGGGCGUCGUCGACUACAACGACGAGAGCGGCGACUACAUGCACACCAAGUUCCCCGCGCGGCACAUUUACGAGAUCAUCCUUCCUGGUGUGGUUCAGAAGCUCUCCAACAUCUUCUACUGGCGCUCGUCGCCGUAUGGCGGCAAGACGAGCGGCGAUCUCACCGUCGGCGAUGUGCACCAGUGGAAUGUCUGGCACGGCACGCAGGAGCCCUGGUCGCACUGGGACAAGCUGGCUGGCCGCUUCGUCUCCGAGUUCGGCAUGCAGGGCUACCCCUCGAUGCGCACGGUGGAGGCGUGGUUCAGCGACAAAGAGCAGGACCAGAAAUUCCCCCAGUCCCGCAUCAGCGUCAACCACAACAAGGCCGCGGGCUUUGAGCGCCGCCUCGAGCUCUACCUCAUGGAGAACUUUAGGCAUGCGUUCGACAUGCCCUCGUACGUCUACUACACGCAGGCAAUGCAGGCGGAAACGCUCGCGGCGGCGUACCGUCUCUGGCGCCGCAACUGGAAGGGGCGCGGGCGCGAACUCACCUCUGGCGCGCUCGUGUGGCAGAUCAACGACUGCUGGCCCUGCGUCUCCUGGGCCAUUUGCGACUACUACCUCCGUCCGAAGCCGGCCUUUUUCGCCAUUGCCCGCGAGCUCCGUCCUUUGACUGUUGGCAUGGCGCGCAAGGACAUCAAGACGUACCGCGACGGCAGCCUCGCGUUCUUCGAGACGCGGUCCGAGGUGCAGCUCUGGGCGUGCAACUCGGAGCUCGAGGAGAAGACCGUGCGUGUCGAGCUGGUCGCUUUCGACCUGAACGACGGAGAACUCGACAGGCAACACUGGGACGUGACCCUCAAGCCGAACGCGAGCACGGAGAUCUGGGCAGGCGACGUCCCCGGCCAAGCGGUGCGCACGUCCGAUGCAGACGUGCCCCGCCCCAUUGUGCUCCAGGCGCGCAUUCUCGACGGAGACAACGUCCUCGCGCGAUACUCCAACUGGCCAGAGCCGUGGAAGUACCUCACGUUCCCGGACCCGGGGCUCAACAUUGACGUCGAUGGCGACGAGGUUACUAUUAGUGUCGAGAAGCCCGUCAAGGGCCUCAUCCUCGAUACGGAGGGAGAGGAGGCAGAGUGGAGCGACCAGGCGCUCGACAUGUUCCCGGGCGACACGCAGAGGGUCACCGCCAAGGGUCUCAAGGGACGCAAGGUGACUGCGAGGUACAUCGGCGACGGGUCCGCGUGA